AUGGAUCUCCCACCAGAGACGCCUUGGGCAGCUCUGCCAGUACUCUACUACACGUACCCGGCUGUCAUUUUCCUCUAUUUCCUAGGCUCGUCCCUUGCCUCGGCCUGCACUCUUCAGCGUCUCAAGGAGGACAAAGAUGGCAAGGCGGAGCGGCCCUGCCGGCCUGUCGUCUUGUGUCUUCUGGGCGCCUUUGUCUUCACCUACGUGGCACAGCUCGCAGCCCUCAUAACGACUUCGAUUAGGGGUCAGCGAUGGCCGCCGGAUGACUACCUGGUCGUGGGCACGCUGUCGUGCCUCCUUAUCUUCGGCAUUCAGCUCACCUGUCUCUCCGACUUCAACAGUCCGGUGGGUUAUCCAUUCCAAGGUUCCUGGUUGCUGGCGUUGGCCUUUGAGGCUGUCAUCGGUGGUUUUGUCAUCACAACAGUUUGCCGCCCAAGUCACACCGCAAACAGCUAUGAGGUGGCAGAAUUGUCGCUCACCGCGGCGAGAAUUGCGUCACUGCUCGCACUCAGCAUUUGGCCGCUCGUAGCGCACUGGGCGAGCCCGUCGUUCCGUGGAACCGAUGAAGAGCACCAGUCACUGCUUCCAAAGACUGCACCAACUGAGCAGUCCACCGGCACCACCGCCGCGGCCAAUUAUGGAGCUACCACGAGUUCCGACGAGUCGUCGGAGACCACCGCUGAAUUCAGGUGGGAGCGGCGCGAAAGAGAAGCCCGCGAAGCCAUGGAAAAGAGGCUCAAGGAGGGAGGCAACUGGUUCGAGUACGCCAAGGGUUUCAUGAUCUUCUUCCCAUACGUCUGGCCGGUCAAUAGCUCGCCACUCCAACUCCGCGCGGUGGCAGUCGUCCUUUGCCUCUUUGCCUCCAACGCUCUGCACCUUCUCAUACCUCGACAGACCGGCAUCAUCAUGGACAGUCUUAGCGGUGCAUCCCAGUCGAACCCGUGGAUAGCCGUCGUCUUCUUCGCAGUGUUGCGACUCGCCGCUUCCGAAUCGGGCAUUGAGCUUGUCCGCCAAUGGCUGUGGAUCCCCGUCAAGUACUACGCCCACGACAACAUCACUCGCGCGGCCUAUUCACACAUGAUGCAUUUGUCCGCCGACUUCCACGACUCGAAAAGCUCAUCCGACAUGAUGAUGGCCAUCUAUGGCGGGGCUGCGGUGUCCAACGUCGUAGAAAGCGUUUUGCUCCAGGCCCUCCCUAUGCUCAUCGACAUGGGCGUCGCCGUCGUGUACUUGUCGGUCACCUUUGGUCCAUACGAAGGCCUCAUCACCGUUGCAACUGGCACCAUCUUUUUCAUAAUGGCUGGCCGCUUGGUGGCCGAAUCCAAAGCCGCGAGCCGAAAGAGAGUCAAUGCACUGUACCAAGAGCAUUAUGUGCGCCAGUCCGGCCUACUCGGAUGGCAGACUGUUAGCGCGUUCAACCAAAUUGGCUAUGAAGACAACAGACACGCAAACGCAGUUACUAAUCGCUGGCUCAGCGAGCAGCAAUAUGUCAUGAGCUGGUACAUUUCGAUCGCCUUUCAAACCGUGGUGCUCACAUCCGGCCUACUAGUGAGCGCUUUCCUGGCCGUGUCAAGGAUCCAGAGCGGCCGCGCAACCUCUGGUCAAUUUGCGAUGCUUCUGAUGUACUGGUCACAGCUCACGUCUCCACUGCAAUUCUUCGCAAAGCUCGGGAAGAGCAUGAGCGAUGACUUUAUCGACGCUGAGCGCCUGCUGGACAUCAUGAAGACGAAGCCGACGGUUGAGAACAAGAAAGGGGCGCGACCUCUCAAGUUUGUCUCGGGCAAUGUUGAGUUCGAGGGCGUUUGCUUCAGCUACGACGGCCGCAAAGGGACCAUCAAGGGCAUCAGCUUGAGCGUCCCUGCAGGGGAAACAGUUGCUUUUGUCGGGGCGACCGGCGCCGGCAAGUCCACUCUGUUGAAGCUGCUCGACAGGUUCUACGAUGUCACCGAGGGCUGCAUUCGCAUCGAUGGGCAGGACGUCCGCGAGGUUGAUCUGUUCAGUCUCCGCGACAGAAUCGGCAUCGUACCCCAGAACCCGAUUCUUUUCGACGACACCAUUAUGAACAACGUCCGUUACGGCCGAAUUACCGCCAGCGACGAGGAAGUGUUUGAAGCCUGUCAGGCUGCCUGUAUACAUGAUAAGAUCAAAGGCUUCACGAACGGGUACGAGACUCGCGUUGGCGAGCGGGGCGUGAAGCUUUCUGGCGGCGAGCUUCAGCGCGUUGCCAUCGCAAGAGCCAUUCUCAAGAAGCCAGACAUUGUGCUCCUGGACGAAGCUACUAGUGCAGUGGACACCGACACCGAGCAACAGAUUCAGCAGUCAUUCAAGAGCCUUUGCCAGGGGCGAACAACUUUCAUUGUGGCGCACCGGCUGUCAACGAUCAUGAAUGCGGAUCGAAUCGUGGUCGUAGAGCACGGGGAGCUAAUUGAACAAGGAAGCCACCACGAGCUCAUCGCCAAAAAGGGGCGAUAUGCGGACUUGUGGUCAAAGCAAGUGUUUCUCCGGCCUCGCGACAAGACGGAAGACGUCGUGGAGAUUGUCGACGACAGACCGGACCUCACCGACGACGUGUCGUCCGAGCAGACCGCGGCCGAUCCCUACCGGUGCGGAACAACUGAUAGCGACAGUGAGAUGUUUUGCACGGACAAUGAGCAUCCUGCCGACAAUGCUGAGCCGACAAUUCACACCAAAGAAGGCUCCAAGCUUAACCCGGUUGCCCCAGAGUUCACUCCUCGGAGCAUGGCUUCACCAACGAAACGAACCGAGGAAGACAGCACUUCAAGCAAUGUCGGCAGUGCCUCUCCCGCCGAUGCGACUGUCCCGGAACCUUCUGUCCAUCACCAAUGGGCGGACGAGGUCGCGAGCUGCGAGCCUGCAAGCGGACCGAAUGACCCAUCUGCUGCUGCAGUCAAUGCGGUCGGGCCUCAAGAGGAGUCAGACAGGCGGUCUGCAUUGUCUAGAGAGACGCCAAACACGUCGACAGAUGCCUCGAGCCAAGCGAUUCAGGGAACACAUUGCCCCGACAAGAAGAGUAAAGCAGCCGAUGACGGGGCAUCUCCCGAUGCUUAG